AUGCUAAGCAGCAUACAUGGAAGGAAAUCCGAUUCGGUUCAGUACAGAAAGAAAAGUAGAGAAGUUCAAGAGCAGAUGGGUGACAACAGGUUCGAGGUUAAGCUACAGGUUUUGAUCGUAUAUGAACUGCAAGGUUCAGCUCCUGCAGUGCUUAUAGCAAGAUCAAGCAAGGGUAGGAGGCUUGGUGAAGUGGAGGGACAUGUUUCAGUAAAGUCUGAGAAUGGAAAUGCUGCAGGUACCAAGGUCUGGCGUGUGAGUGUGCAGUUCACAGCUAUGUUCAGAAGGAAGGCUUUCUUGCAUUGGUACAUUGGUGAAGGGAUGGACGAGAUGGAGUUCACAGAAGCUGAGAGCAACAUGAACGGCCUUGUCUCAGAUUACCAGCAAUACCAAGACACAACUGCUGAUGAAGAAGUGGGUACGAGGAUGAGGAAGAAGGAGGAGUACUGA